AUGUGCAUUUCUGAUGAUGAUAUGGAGGAUUAUGAGAAGGACAGCGAAGAGAGUUAUGAACAGCCCCUGAAGAAGGGGACACGGUUCUCCUGCCCUGAUGCUGAUUUCAGGUGAACGAAUGUUCAAUCUAUCGACUUGUGAUUUCAGCAAUCACAUUAAAAUAAUCCCAAUGCUGUCUUAACACUGUCUUUCUUGUGUAUGCAUUGAGCACGUCUUUAUUUAGCCAAAUUAAUUGACCACACUCCCUCAUCUUAUAAGUUCUGAUAACUGCUGUACGUUGAAGCUGUUAGAUGCCUCAUCAAGGAACAUGUGGUGGGAGGUUGCAGAUGUUGAGGCCAUGCAACUGAAGCACCUGAAAUUAUAUUUGGUUUUUGAAGGAUGAAGAUUUCGAAGGCUUGAGGAUGAAAAUGGAUAAAACAUAUUUCUCAUGGGUUUGAAUUGCCUCUUAAUUUCGUUGCUAGAAACAUUCUUUGCUGGUAUCAUCUUUUUCGAUUCUUUGAAACAAUGCCACUGAUUUUCAAAACUAAUUUAAUACCCAUAUCAAUACUAAGUCAGGGUUAAGUUCUCCUACCGUGAAUAUAUUGGUUAAUUUUCUUACUCAAUGGGUACAAAGAUAUUCACUUCUUCUUCCCUACAAUCUUCUCUAUUUGUUAGUACUUGACAACCAGUACUUGACAAUGCAAAUUCCAAAAUUCACUAUCAGGAAGACUUAAUUUUUUUUCUCAAAGAAAAGGGCGUUGUGGUUGAUUUACUCUAGGACCUGUUUUCUGAGGGAUUGCAGUUGCAAGACAUGUAUGUGAACCUCAAGAAUCACAUUAAUAAUGACCAGUAAGUUUCAAUAUGAAAUUUCCUGCUUACUCAACUGCAAACUGCCAGACAUGUCUCAAUAAAACUCCACUUAUAGCUAUUGUAAAUAGAUUGAAGACAUCUGUUUCUCUUUAGUGGUGGUAAAAAACACAGUUAAUUUCAUUGAUUUCAAAUGGUAACGUUUUUUCUCCUUAACAUGCUGAGGUGGAUGACAGGAAGAAUAUUAGUGUCAUUGCUCUUCAAGUUUCUAUCUGCUGAUUACAUUUUAUGUUCUUGUAAUUUUCCUUUAAAUUUUCAAUAAUUUAUUGAAAUUUCAGAUCCAACCAAAACUUUUUCUAUACAACCUCAAGAAAACCAAACGUUUUUCUAUUAGGUGAUUUGGCUGAUGUCAAUCCUUCUUGAAUGAUAAUUGAGUCUCUAUUGUUGCUACCUUCUUUUGUGUUGCUCCUGUAUCUGAGAAAAAGCAAUAAUUAUUUAUUUCAAAAACUAUGGCAAUUGUUAACCUUGAAUAGGUUAUUUUCACCAUAUGUGGUUAAUUAGUUGAUUGGAAGUGUUAGGUGAGAUUGCGAUUUUUUGACACUUAAAUGAUUAAUAGAAAGAUGCUCUGAUAAAGGCUUUCUGUCUUCUACGAUUGGUUACCUUUUUGUUUGAUUUAGAUGGGACUUACCUUUUUUAGCAUUUAAUAGAUAGACUUAAGUUUUUUAUCGUGUCAAAUUGUAACAAUCCUCUACAUCUGAUACUACGGCAUAAAGGAAUUUAUAUAAGAAGAUAGAGGUGGCCAAAGUAAAUAUUAGUCUAAAUUAUUUCUACACUUUCAUCAACAACUAUGGAUAAUAUCUGUAUAUUUUGAGGUAGAAUAAUUACAGCAACUUACUGGGUAAAACCAUCUCGUGAAAGCUGAAAUGAGGUCUUCUACCUCCUUUCCAAAGUUUAGUAAGGACACUAAAUUUAAGAGGAAGACGUAGACUGCUUACAGCAGCUAUUUCUAUGUUGAACCUGAAAUCAAAGAGAAACUCAAUCUGUUCCUGGGGUGUUUAAUAAUGAUUAUCUGGGGUUUAUGCAAAUUCUAGGUUAAUCUCUGCCAACUCUUUGGUUGCUUUUUGGUUUUUGUUAACCCUUUUUUCAAUUAGCCGACUGAUUUUUGAAGGUGGAUGUAGUUGAAUUGGUAUUUGCCUUCUUUUGUGCCAUAUUAAUAGUGUCAUACAGGUGGUUUGUAGUUAUGCAAUACAAGGUUACUAUUUUCUUUUUUUUAAUCAGUGACUCUGAACCUUCUGAUGAUGAAUUAUAUCUCGAGCGACCUCAAAUCUGCCUGAUGGACCGAACAAAUCUAGCUGAGUCAUUUUUGACUGAGCUGGAACGAGAACACCACUUAAGAGUUAAGGUGCACCUUUUAACAUCACCUUGAUUCACAUAUUUUAUUUCAAAAGUUGAACAUGAAUUUUUAUUGUUGUUGAUAAAUAUUUUAUCCAUCUUGCGUGUGACACAUUUGCUGAUGAGUUUAAACAUUUGGCAAAGAUAAAUCAAAGAUAAAUCUUUUCAACUUAUCAUCAUUUGGGUGGUACUGUAGUUGCUGGUUUUCAACAUUUUGGUGAACUUUUUAACUUGCUGAAAAGAUGCCGAAAUUAGAAGAGGCGAUCAUAUAUUUUCCUCAGGAUAGUUAUUUGGAUGGCUGCUCUAUUUCAAUGUUAAUAAUGCAUGUUGUCAAUGUCACACCCUUGAUAUUAUCGUUUGUUUUUUGGAAGCAAUUGACAGUGCAGUGCUGACAGGAAAAAUGUUUGGGCAAUAAUUUACAUAGAGAUCUGAAAUGUGAAGUAAAUUAAUAGGUGCAAGCCACUGAUAGAAAUCAAUUAUACCAAUUUAUUAAUGUCAUACAGUCAGUAGGGGUAAUUAAUGAAUUAGAGACAAUUUGUUUGUGUAGCAAGAAAAAUACUAUGGAUGACAAUAGUUAAAUAUUCUUAGUGCCAGUAUGCAUUUCUUUCAUCCAUAUUUUUAUUCUAUGAUGUGGAUAUCCACUAUGAACGUGUAAUUAGGAGUUCGGUUCUUAGUUGGACCGUUUCCUAGUUUGUCGAUUUCCUAGUUGUUCGGUAGUUUGUUUGUUUUGUCACCCUGGCAUUUGUAUAUAACAGUGAUCUAUGAUAUGAAUACGAGUCGAGUUUUUCCUAGGAUUUGCAUUGCUGUUCACAGUAAUUUGUUUGUUAUCUGGUUAUGACAUUCUAUUGUAAUUCCGUCCCAUGCUCAAAUUUUUAUUUUUUUAUAUUUUUUGUAGAUGCCAGAUCUCUUUACUGGUUUGCUUGCAAAGUAAUGUGCCAUUUUGCGUACAUGCUCUAAUUUUAUGAUUAUGAUACGUAUAUUCACGAUCAACUGACUAUGAUUUGCCACAAUUUGUGCACCAUUUUUGGUUACUUCCUUUCCGCAACACAGUUUCUUCUGUUCAAAUUAUGUUUUCUGAACCGUUUGUCACGUUGUCUAAGAAAAUUUUCAACUAGCAGGAGGAAAUUAGAAGAAAAGCGUUUGCUUUGGAGGCAGAAUUAAAGGGCGAAAAUGAGAGGUCAUUGUCUGCAAUUGCUCAGCUUGAGAAACAAACCGAAAUGAGGAGGGAGAUGGAUAGACGAAUGGACAAGCAAUAUCAGCGCAAGAUGUGUGUAGCUUUUCAACCAUCCUUUCGACUUUACAUUUCCCAGUUUCUUGUGGUUAUGAUUUGAUGUUUGCCUACUUCUGUUGUGAUACUGUGCCUUGCUCUCAUUUUGGGGCUUUAUGCCAUUCUGCAAGUAUAUUAUUGCUCAACAUUUUUAAUCAACAGUGUAUCAGCUAUUUACCACAUUGAGUUUUUUGCAUUAAAUGUUUGCACAUUAACUGAAUAUUAGGUAUGCUGUCCUCCAUUAUUUUAAAUUAACUUUCUACCAGCUGGGUAUCACAAGGAUUAUCUCAGAUCAAAAACUUAAUUUCCUGUUCUCAAAUAGUCGAGUUUUUAUAUUUAAAACAUUUUUUUUACUGGUUUUGUGCCAAAGACAAGUGGACAAUUUCGAAACAUGUUUGAGUAUCCAAGUUCGAGAAUAAAUUUUAAUAUUUAUGGAUAAGAUUUUUGUGUUGAAUGGUCUUCACCUGAAACGGUGGUAUUUUGCCUCCAGACUACUAUGAUAAUCUCUGAACACUAUUCGUAUCAUGUGGAGCUAUAUUUUUUAAUGUUUUUUGAAUCUUGGGUCGUUACUUUUUUUCAUCCCUAUUUAGAUUUUGUGUUUUUAUUUUAUGCUGUAACAAGCAAUGUAGGAUAUAUUACUGCUAAAAGGGAAGGAGAUGUAAGAUUGACAAGAAGAUUGUGCCUGUGUGGAUAGGGCUCUCUCAUCUAGCUCCUGUCCACCUUUAAUUUGCUCUCCAGCAAUAAGAUAAAGAUAGACUAAUAUGGAGGAGUUUUUCAACAAGUAAUUCACAGAUCCUCAGUAGAAUCCGAAUUCAUAAAAUAUAACUGAAGUGCUCAUAAUAGGGACUAGUUCUACUUAUUAUGUACAUGCCAAUAGAACUACUAGAUAUUUGUAAAUCUCAUCUGUUAUCAUUGUUCUACUUAGGGCAAGGCAGGCUGUGCCAUAUCAUAGAUUCUCUUUUCUAUUCAAUGAAAAAUCAAAGGACGAUAAUUCUAUUAACCCUAGAAAUAUAUAGAGAAGAUACCUGUUCUGUAUCUAUUAUUUGUGUUCUGGGGAUUACAUUUGCUUACAUUUGCAUGCAUCGAUAAUUGUUAUUAUGAUCGAAAUUCAAAGAUAAUUGAAAAUACGAAAGUUUGAUUUAUUUUUAUUGUAUAGCAUAUUACUUCUACUAUAUAGUAUCUUGCUUAGACUAAUAUAAUGAUACUUAUACUAAUAUGAUAGUAAUAAUUUAUUAAUAGCACUUUAACAGAUAUAACACUAAUAUUUUUUAAUAAUAAUUUAUUGAAAUAUAUUGAUAUUUUUUGUAUCAUCAUAUAAUGUAGUUUACUUAUAUCAAUCUUUUAAUUCUACUACAUUGAUACUUAUUUAGUGGCUUUUGAUUUUUAAUGUCUUGUAAUACAUUCUGCUCAGAAACAUUGCAUGAUAUCAAGGGUAAGUGUACCAGGGGCAAUGAUGAUAUAGACCAAAAGUGUGAUGGUUUGUGGGAGAGAUACAAAAAAAAAUAUUCUGGAGAAAAAGUACGGGGAGUGAAUGUUUCAGUGAUGCCUUAUACCAAGCAACUUUGGAAUCUGUUCAUUUCUGACGUGUUCAUAUCCUUGAAUGUUUCCAAUUGUUACAGUUUCCAAUGCAUUAAUGCACGACAUGCUUCAUAAUUUUCAAAAAUGCCUUGCUAUGUUGCUAUUCGCAUUUCAUUUUUUUUUCAUUAAUGGUUUGUUUUAGAAGAACCAAGAGCUUCAUGCUGUUUUGUCAAAUGUUUUCUUUCAAAACAUAUACUGAUACUUGUUUAUUAUUGUAGUGCAGAAGCACUUGAUAGUCACUUAUCACUUAUUCAAAGGGACCACGAACAAAGAUCCCAAAUAGAGGAACGGAGAAUUAAAGAUGAUGCUGCUCUUGAAGAGGCCAAAAAGAGGGAAAAAGCUCUUCAUGAGGCAAGAGUGUAUCAAGCUAAAGUGGAAGCUGAGGUUAGUAUUGGUAAAUGCUUCUUUACAUGCUGUUGAAGGCCCUAGAUCAAUGGAAAACGUUGCUCUCCGCUAGAAGGAAGCUUACAUUUCUAUGCUGUGAUGUUUUCUUUUGGAUAUGUUCUUUUUCCAAUGCCAGUUAUUGGACAGUUGCAGUGGUUCUAUUCUCUACCGUUGUAAAUUGGAGUCUAGCACCCAAAAGAGAUCUUCUGAUUAGUUUUACUGCUUUCUCCGAAAAUUAUGUUGAAAUUGUGUUGUCAACAUUAGCCAUGACAUUGAUGCUAUAGCUGGUUAAACUCUUUGCAUGAUACAAUGCUGUAUGUAAAAGCCUUCCCAUUAAUGCAGGCUCAGCAAGAGGCUGCUAGAAAAGCAGAAGAGAGGCAGAAGGCUGCCUUAGAGGCUGCAAGAAUUUCGAAAGCAGAAGAUCAAGGAAAAGAAGAUGAAAAAGUUAGCAAAAUUUCUCCUGGUGAAACAGCAAAGAAGAAAAUUGAGCCCCCCGUAGCCAUUAGUGUGGAGAAGGCUGUUGAAAAAAAGGAAGCUGCUGUAUCAUCUACAAUCACAGGUAUUGCCACUUUGAUGAGCAAAUAACAUGUUUCUUUUUCCUAUUGUUUUGUUUAUAUUCCUUCAUUUUGCUUCCUUGUAAAUACAUUCUUCGUUGUACAUGCGUUCAUUUAAUUCUUUUCUUUACUGUUCUUGGCACUUUCCAUUAGUAAAGACUUACUAUCAUUUGCAGCAGACCACACUGUCACAUUCUGGUCUUUUUACUCUGGCGGAAAAAACCCUUUAUCAGAAUCGAAUCUUGCUUUAUCAUGUUUCCUUGUCAUAUACAUUAAAUUUUUAAUCAAGUUGUGAGGUUUUGUUUGUGAGAUAAAAUUAAUACUUUAUCACAAUGUGAUAUAUUUCAUGCCUGACGCCACAGAGUUCUAGAACUUUAGGAUCGGCACUAUCGUUGUAAACUUCACCUGAGGGGUAUUGUUAUUGUAUUGGUCAUCAAAUUAAAAGUCCUUGAAUGGUUAAUUAGAUCCAACUGAGUUAAAUCAAUAUUUUUUGUGAUUCUUUUUAUGAAAUUGGCAAAUUUUAAUUUUCAUGAAAAAUUUCCCAUCCAAAUGCUUUCUGACCUGGUUGUUUUAUAUUAACCUCCAGUGUGUCAGGCUGACUGUUUAAUUGGAAUCGCUGUUCUCCUUUUUUUGAGACCUCACAGAAAUAUCUACAUCUUCAACUGUUGCUCCUUUCCCUCUCAGUUGGUUCCCUUCCCUACCCUUCCACCAGUAGUUUCUCUCUCCUUCGCUCUCACACACAUGCACAUGCGGAUGCACACAGACACUCACUUGCCCCUCUCCACCCUUUUACUCUCAUUGCUCUAUCAGUUAUGUUUUUGUCUGUCGUCUCUCUUUAUUUCUCUCUCUCUCUCUCACAUACACUCUCACUCCAUUGCAUCACCCUUUCAUCUUCUCUGUCAUGCCCAUCUCCCACUCACUCUUAUUCCUUUUUCACACCUCCCUCUUCCUUAUCUCUCCCUCCAUCAGCCCAACUGCCACCCUGCUCUUUCCCGUGGUCUCUAUCCAUCCUCCCCUCCAUCAGUUAUUUCUCAGUCCGCCUCCUCUCCCUUUUACUUCUCCUAUUAGCCGUCUCUAGUCACAUUGAACGAGAGGGAUUCCAGAAUCCCAAACCAGCAUACAAAGGCUACCACUACGUCUAGUCCCCUACACCAUGUCUCUGACUACUGCAACCUUUGUGGACGAAGGGAAGCAGAGAGACGUCUGGUGGCAAGUCACUAUGUUUUUUUUUUCUAAUGAAUAAGCAGCAGAAAUCGUUAUUUGAAGCAGUGACUUCAGCCAGAUCACCAAAACGUGAAAGAGGGUAACCAUCAACUAGCAGUUUCUGUAGAAACAGAAGUUGGUGACGGAAGGUUGCCCAAUUUCAUAGUAAUGGCCGAUUUCUUGGAUAGAGCUACUUUUUCAAAUUUCCAAUUAAAGAAAGUUCUUGAUUGGCAUCUCAGGGGAAUGACCCAAAGAUUCUCUUGAGCAAUAAUUACAUUUUAGUUGAGUGACAGUCAUUAUUAUCAUUGUAAACCCCGAAUAAUUGUGUGCAGGGCUGACCUGGGUCUAGUAAAACCAAUUCCUUGGACAGUUUUUUUGUGGUAAAGCUAGCAGCUGGCCGAGACAGAUGCUUUUUUUCUUGGAUCUUUAUCAAACGAGCAUUGAAAGAGUUUGAAAGGCACCAAUGCAUUGGGCCCUUUUUUUCCCCAUGUUUGAUGAUUCCAUUCGUCUCAUUCUAUUUUUUCCUUUGAAAUCAUUUGCUGUUUCACCUUCUUUGAUGCUCUGUAAGCGAUCUCAUAUUGAUUCAUAUGAUCAUUUGUGUCCUCUGUUCAGGGUUCAUAAUCAAAGUUGCAGAUUCUGCACAAAAAGCAGCGGCAGAAAGACUUGCAAAACAUGAUGAAGGACUUGAACUGUAUAAUAAAUUACUUUCUUCCUCAGAUAAGGUAUUUCUCGCACCACUUUUGAUAUUUUAUAUAUAGCCUACGUUUCUUUUUUGUGUUAGAAUUUGGGUUAAUGCUCUUUAUACUGGUGCCUUGGUGAUCUGUCUGGGUGAGAAACACUAAAGCGGGUUCUCAAUCUGACCUGUGUCUUGUUGCCAAACCUCUCAGAAUUGUCUCUGCCAUCUGGAAGGUAAUCUGGAUAUUUCUAGGUUGUUACAUAUGUGCAGGUCUGAAAAACACUAUCUAAAGGAAAUAUAACAUUUUUUAAAAUGUGGAAUCUAAAAAUAGAAAAUAUUUUUCUGAGGUUCCAUUGUCUUGCCACUUUCCCAUUUCAAAAUCUGGGACCAUAGCUUGACUGGUGACAGAGUAGUUGAUGGAAUGCAGUGGGCAUGUCCAAUUCGUGUAGUCACAUGAGGAAAACAAGAUUAAAUUGUUCCCUUUAAAUGCAAUGUGGAUGUUUCUAUUCAUUAUAAUUUAUCAUCCCAUUGAUGUUACACGUGCACUCUGUUUCCUUAUGUGAUGUCCUCCAUUGGGCACAUGAUGAUUGUACGGCGGUGCAAUUAUUUUUUCAUGGAAUAACCAGAAGAAAUAGCAAUACAUGAUAAAGAAUAAGCCAACAGAAGGAGAAUCAAUAAUCUUGCUGUCAGGUUUUUGAAGACUCUUCCGGAGAUACAAUGUCUUAACCUUUUUGUGUUUCGAAUUCAGUAAUCAUCUCAUUUAUUAUGUCGCGGCUUCUCCAUGUUCGACUGAUGUAGCAAUUUUGAUUUCAUUGUGGUUCUCAUCCCCCUCAUGCUUCAGUUAGGUCAGCCAGAAUGAUGACCUUGCUAACCUGAAGGAUAUAUGACCCCUCUCAGAAAAUGGGCUGGCAGCACUGUGAAUAUUUUCAGUCCGUGCUAUAAUAUAGACAGUGUCAAGCACGGUAAUGGUCCAAAGGGAGGGAUGAAAAACCCCAUCAAUAUUUGCCAGCAUUCCAUCUUUUGAUAUUCCAAGCAUCGUUAAGAUCACAGAGUUACGUCAUAAGGUUACAUCUGAACAAUGUAAGGCUGGAUUCUGUGAACAUGACCCAUCUCAGAGGGUACAACUUCUACAUGAGUUAUGCGGCUCGGUUGGUAGCUGCCCCUUUUCUGAGCUUCUUAGACACUGUUGACAGUGCAAUGGCUUGUGGAAAUAUAUUCAGAAGCGUCUUAGGAUAGUAGUGGAAAGGCUUUUAGGAAAGCAUUAGAGUUCCAAAUCCCUUCAAAAGAGAAUUAAUUAUGAAAUGGCAAGGUCAAAACUAGAAGGCACCUUUUAACAAAGUCCUCUAAUGAGAAUUGGCAUGUUAUGGCCAGCUUUAGAGUUCAUCUGGCUGAAGAAUUAAUUCACAGGAGCGGGGUGAAAUGUUUUUCAUGGAUGUGUAAAACUUUUAGUGAAAACAUUGCGAGAUUAGAAAUAAUCAUACGAAAUCAUAAGGAUAUACAUUGUUCAAUAAAAUCUGUGACCUACUCUACUUCUCAGAGCCGCUUGUUGAGUAUUCUACGAAGUUAAAACACAACCUAUUAUAUGUUGGCUUCCCCAAGUAUGAGUUGGUUUUUAUGUAACAUAGGCUAUGCUCAAUAUCAAACUUGCCUUAUUAAUUUUGAAAAUAAUAACACACAAACUUACAAUCAUUUCAUUUCAGAUUAACCAGAAGGUGAGUUGCAAUCAAACAAGAGAGAGAGAGAGAGAGAGAGAGAGAGAGAGAGAGAGAGAGAGAGAUGGAGGAAGGGGGUCUUUACAUUUGAAAAACUUUAUUUUGUCAAAGUAUGCCUUGGAUGUCAAUCUAGUGGUCUUUGUAGCCCUUUAAAGGGGGUUAUCUUUUGCAAAAAAACAUCCUUUAAAUCGCUCAAGAAGCAAUUCUAUUUUUGCAUUUUCCAGCCAUUUUUCUGUUGAGCUGUUGUAGGAAUUAUCCCCUAGAAUAUUUUUGAGGGCUGUUUUAAGUUGCUAACGAUUAUUUACAAAUUGUAGUACUAUAGAGAAAUCAAAUUCUAUUGGAAUUUUGGUCAUAUUUGGCGUUGCUUAAGAACUAUGGUCUAGCAUGACACUGAAUGACCAGUCAAAAUGAAGAGUUUAUCUCCUUUUCAUGUAAACGUUGACUUACAUCAAUAAUGAGGUCUUGAUGAUGCAUACAGUAUGCACAAGCUCAUAUUCUCAUGUCAUUUUUCAUAUGAUGUUAAUUUUUCUUUUGAAUUUCCCAAUUGUGUACAAGUUGGAUGGGAAACUAGACUUUAUAAGUGUGAUGUUCAUGCAACAAAGCAACCGGCGAUGCCUGAUGAUUAUGAUAUGACUCAUGAAUGAAUAUAUUGGGCUGCAAAAAAUUGAUUAUGUGAAGGCUCAUCUGAUUUAGCUUGCUAAUAUUGGAGUUAGGUUUCCAGAGUCCUUGUAUCGAUUGCUUCCAACCUGUCUACCGCAAUUUAUUUAUUUAUUUUGCCUGAAAAAUGAUUAUAUUACUUUGCCAUUUCUGGAUUAUUUCUGAUAGACGAGUGUUUCAUUCGGCUUUGUGUUCGUUUUCAUAGUCUUCGUUUCUAAUCACAUGACUUAUCAUAACUGACAGGAUUUUGAAAAGUACCAAAGGCUGAUUGCUAGGCAGCUUAGACAGAUAACUGGGACAGUUGAGAAUGUUAGGUAAGUGGAAUAACUUUCUAACAACAUCACUGGUAGUAUGCUCUUCUCUUCGUAUUCUAGUUUUGCGCUUAUGCUAACAUGUUGAAAAGAAUGCCCAAAUCCCCUUUUUUGUGGCUCUGUGGUAAGGAACUUAAUAGCAAAGGUGUGAUAAGGAACUUAAUAUAUCUAUUGAAGUAUGUGUAUUGUGUUGUGUCAAAUCUUCUGACUUGGCCUUAGGGUUUACGGUGCCUCUGCCGUGAGAACAACAGAAAGAUAUGUGCAGGAAAAAUUGUUUCAUUCUUAGUCUUGCUGUAAAGUACAGAAAGUUCAUGGUCCCAACAGGACCCAAUGGAUCCAUAUAGCAUCUCAUAGGGAACAGAUAUAAAGGAAAGUAAAAAACACAAAAUACAAGUAGGACGAGGUCUAAUGAAUGUUGACAUGGUGCAUAAAAUCUCUGUUUGUAGAUUAUUCAGAACGUUUCAAACUUUCUGUUUAGUUCAGUAAAAGCAUCUAGAUGAGGUUGGUUCUAAGUUAAGUCUGUAAAAGCCUGCUUAUCCAAUCAUAAUAUUGACAUAACACCUGGUGGCUAUAAUUUCCUGGUUUUGAAUAUCUCGAAGUUUCUUUCUCAUCAUAUUUUGCACUUGUUUUGACUCUUUUUCAGGACAAAAUCAAUUGAAUUGAGUAAAAUCUUGAAGGAUUCUCGAUGUCCUUAUCCUGUCUCUUUGAUGGUAUUUUCAAAGAAGGUACUUUAUUAUUUUGAUGAAAGAAAACUAUUCUACAGAUGCUCAGAAGUCGCUGGUAUUUUAAGUGAUUAAUUUCGUUGUCUAUCCCAGUAGUAGAUGACCAUUUUCUUAAAUAUGAGAUAAUUGAGUUCAAUUUAUUUUCUAUGGAUUUAUUUGUUUAUACACAUGCUUUGAUCAUCUCUUAACUCUCUGGGCUUGUUAUUUCAAAGUGUGCUUGUAAUACUUUUGAAAAAACAGACGCAUGUAUUUGUAAAAGUACAUACAUAUUAUCCAUAUAUAUGCACACACGUACACAUGCUUAUAAGUUUGACGCCAAGUUUUCAACAUGUACAAUGAUCUAUGAAGAAUGUCGUAAUCCCUAGAUGGAUACGUUAAAAUAGGCCUUACGAGCGUGGGCCAGACUUUGGCAGGUGUCCUGUUUGAGAAAGCUUGGCUUAUACAUAAAUUUACGAUCAACCUAUGUAUAAGCAGCAUUGAGAAAAUAACCAGAUAUAAUUGGCAAUAUUAAUGCAUGAGAACAUUUUCAGUUGUAGAUCAUUACCUAUUAUAAACCUGGUUUUCAAGGCAUUGCCCGCUUGAGAAGGUGGGCACAGGAAGACCUAAGGAGACAAGAUUUGGAACAAGAGUGCUUGUGUCAUUGCAGCAAACAGUCAAAUGUGAGUACUUGUUGGACUCUCCAAGGCCACGGCUUGCCCUCGCAUAUUGGGGGAAUGGUGAACACACAUGCAAGAUAUGUAUUAAUCAUAACAUGAUUUAACAACAUAUUUAUUUCAUAAAAAUAAAUUAAAAAUAUUUGACUGGAGAAUUUUGUAUCUGAACUUACAAAAACUUGUUUGUGUGGUUUGUGUAUUAUCUACAUGUAUAUAGUUCGAGUGAAUCACAAGUAUUACCUGAGAUCUGUAUUUCAAUAUCACAGGAUUCAUCUUUUUUCUUUAAGACAUAAUCAAGGAUAAUUGUGGGAUUCCAAACAAAGGCACAAGAAUUUUUAUAAGUUUGGAAUGAAUGGAUGGAAAAACAAACCCCCAACUGGACUUAGUUUUUCUAUGAUUUAUGUUUCAUUUUUUUUUUGGUUUCAAGAAAGAUGUUGAUCAAUUCAAUUUUUUUCCAACCAAGUUCGUAUUCUAUUCUUUUGACUUGUCGAACCUGUUCCUAGCAGAAUUACAGAUAUUACAACAGUUCAUUUUCUGUCACCUGUUUGAUAAUUAUUUAUAUUUAAAUAUUUUUGGCAUGCAUUGGAAUUAGGCAUUGUCUAAUGCCCUGUCUUGUUGCCUGAGAGGGGCAGUGUAUUAAUAACGUAAGCAGCUAAAUGUUGAUUGGCAUUUGCGUUUGGUGAUUUCUGUCAUUCUCUUGUUUUGCCUGUCUUUUUGUUCCAUGAUUCCAAAUUCAUUUCUGAUAUUGCAAUGUAGGUUCUUAAUCUUUGCGAAAAUCAGGGUGCAAGCUUUGAUGGUAUUGCUUUUGCUGUUGGGCAUGUCAUUGUCCGUGUCUCUGCACAGGUGUGGCAUAUGCUUUUCUUUCCCUUGCAAAGUUUUAUGUAUUUCAUUUGUUUUCCCAUUCUCUGUGUGAUGCGUCUCCUGCAACGUAACCAGUCACCCUACCUGGAUCCAUUGACACAUUUUCCAAUCGAAUUUCUUAGUUAGCAUAAAGUUUCAGUCCCACAGAAGUAUUAACCCUUUUACUCAAAGGCUACACAUGAGGCUAACUACAUCCUCGGGCAUUUAUUAUUGUAUUCUUUGACUUUCACAAAAUACUUUGACCAAAUGUAUUGUCCUACCAUGUUAAAUCCGGGGCACCAGCAACAUUUUUCGUAGAGAAAUGGUCCAGAUUUUUAUUCUCCUAACCACCAAAUUAAUUGUGCUGUAAUUGUUAUUAGCACGUAUUUACGUACAUAUGGUUUCCAUAUCGAAAACGAAAUUGAAUUCGUUGAUUUUAGUGACUGAAAAAUUAAGUUCUCAUCAUCUUAUGAUCGUCUGCUGUUGAUAAUUACUGAGAUGAAGGCUUUCCAUAUUGAUUUCUUCCUGGAUUGACAACGACGAACCUCAAUCUAUCCUGCGGUUUAUAUCAGCAAUUAGCUUGUCCUUGUUGUUUUUAGAAACUUUUACCACCUUAACUCAAGAAAAAGUGUUGUGUACUCGUAUUUUGUUGACAGAGGAUAAUGUUAUAUAAGAUGUGUAAAAAGAAAAUGAACACAGAUUGCUACUGAAAUUUCUCCCACUAUCUAGGGGACAGCUUCUGGGGUCACUGACCAUUGUGGGGCCGCCAGUUGGGGCUGCUUUCCUCUUCUGGAACAGAGGGAUGAAUGGCUGCCUGCUCCUUGACCCUCAUGACCCAGCGUCUCUGAUGAUAGCUCACGUGGCCUGUGUUUUUGUUCUGGCAGAAAUACUUUUUCAUUGAUAGGCUAUCUCUUUGAGCCUUCCCCAAAUAAGAAAGGAUGCUUACGAAAGAGCACUUACCUUCUCAUUUGGAACAUGUUCUGUGUUGAUCGAUGGUUUCACCAAUUUCAUAAAUAGCGUUGCCUGCAGUUCCGAUGAUUUUUUCCCAUGCUAUUCAUGCUUAUGACCAGCUAUAUUAACACCAUUGCGGAGCCCAAAAAAACCAGUUUUUUUUUUUUCCAAAUAUUUAUCUGAUUCGGCUCCAUUGGUUCUGCUGUCCUAGCUAUUUCUUAUGUCAGCUGUUUUUCCCAAUGGAUAUAUAUACACUCAGGUUCCUGAAACUGUGGAUUAUCUUCUGGCCGAGUUUCACAAGGCUUGCAUGUACACUGUGCCUCAGUUCGUACAAUAUUCAAAGGUGCCAGCAGUCUGCGUUAGAUGAUUUCUCUCCCUUUUUGUUGCUCGAGAGAUUCAUUUUGGCAGACUAAAUACAUGCCCCUUUUCUAUUCUGGGGUAUCCUCAAGUUAUCUCCUUUGCAUCAUCAGGUCAUGAACAGGGCGAAGGAAUACCAGAAAUUGAUUGGAUAUCGAGAAGAAGAUGGGAAGAUCGAGAGCACUGACAGCUAUCUGGAUCGUAUUGAAUCCUACAUGAAACUAUAUGGCGCUUUGGUGCAGGUAGCUCUCAUCGCUUGCCCGAUAUUCAUCCAUUCAUUGCACAGAAAAAAUAAAUCUAGUGCUGCUGUGUUCAGACUCGAUUUUUGUCUCAGUAUCCAAAGAAAACCAUAUUUUUUCUGGCAAUUUAUGUAUCUCCUGGACGAUUUUUGGGUCAUUUUACUGCAACAAAAUCAUGGGUUUUGAUGAGCCUUUCCCUCUCAAAUUCCUCAUUCCAUUUUUUUUAAAAAUAGUUCGAUGGCACAGAAAACAAUAAAUCUAGUGGUUUAUUCAGACUCAUCUUUACAUUUCUAUUCAAGGAAAACCAAUAUUCUUCACAAAAUUUGCAUCAUGCUACUGCCACGACAAACCUGGAUUUUGUCAGCUCAUAUAACAGCACUAGAUUUUACUCUCUCUCUCUCUCUCUUUCCCCAUCUCUUGAGCAAUCAUCCUUUGGCAGACGGAGGCUGGGGACGUUCCAAAUCCCCACGGAUUAAAGGAAGGAUGGGCGUGGCUGGCGAGGUUCCUCAACGUGCUCCCGGUCACCAGGUUCACUGCCGUUGCUCUAGAGGCCUUCUUGAAGGUCAGACCCCCUUCCUGUUCCUCAUCUGCAGGCGAGAUUUUCUUCGCUGGAUGCCCCCCCUUGAACCAGAUCUCAUUUCAGAUGGCGGGCUUUGCGCUGCUCAAGAGAUACCGAAUCCAAUUCGUCAAGCUGCUCAACACCAUCUCCGCCCGGUUUCUCCCUGUGCUGAAGAAAUCUCAGGCAGACCCAGAGGUGCACAGGAUCACCAGCAAGCUUGAGACCUACCUGGAGAAGAAGCUGUACCUGAGGGAGCCCGACGGCCGGCGUCUGGAGGCAUCCCUGUCGUCAAGAGUCCACAUGGCGUAG